AUGAAGAGCAAUUCCACCGCACCGAUGAACGAAAGAACAAAACUGGCCGUUGUGAACCGUGAAUGUGGGCUAAAAUGCGAUGCAGCGGAGCACCACAGACUGACGAUGAUGCUUCGGUUAUCAACUUUACAUGUGGUUCCACGCUUUGAUUACGGCAAGGAUAUUUUUCUAGUGUCUACUUCCAAGUUUGUACUGUUCGCUGAUGACACUACGGUUCUUCUUAGUGGUACUACCAUAAUUUCGUUGAUCAACCUAUUAAAAUCUGAACUACAAAAUAUUUUUGAGUGGAUCAAGGUCAAUAAUCUUUCUAUAAAUACUAACAAAUCUUGCUGCGUUUUCUUUGGUCCUAAGAUUGUCACUAAUUUUGCUUUAGAAAUCAAGGACAUCACCAUCAACAAAGUACCUCUCGAAAAAUUUCUGGGAUUAAUUGCUACCUUGGAUCUCUCUUGGUUUGCUACUCUCUAUGAACUGAAGCAUAAAUUUCCUAACCACAUUUUGAAGUUGCUCUAUUAUUCGCUUAUCUAUCCUUACUUAAUUUAG